CAAGAGUGAAGAGACCUCUCUCUCUCUCUCCCUCAUUCUUCUUCUUCCUCUCUCUCUCCCUCUACUUAUUUCUUUAACUUCCGAAAGUGAAAAACAAAGCUCUCAGUCAGUGCACCUUCUACUUCUGGAUACUGGUGUGGCGCCAUCGCCAAUUUCCUUUUCCCACCUCUCUCUCUCUCCUUCAGUUUCUGUCAUUGACCGGCCCUUCCCCGUAUUUUUUUUUUAUAGUUAUGGAGGAAAAGGAAAGUACGGUCUCUGGGUCACUCGGCAACUCGGACACCGACUCGCCUCCGCCCGUCACCAGCCUCCACCCCCAGCCGCCACCUCACCACCACCACAGCCAGCCCGUCGUGCCCUCAAACGACGCCUUCGGCGGGGCGCUGGUUGAGAGAAGCACGGUUCCCCUCGCCGGCGAUUAUUUGGUGAAGAAGAAGAGGGGGAGGCCGCGGAAGUACGACGCCGACGGAAACCUCCGAGUCAAGCCGUUUCAUCAUCAUCAGCAUAACAACAACGGUAACAAUAACAACUCGGUGCUGAGUUCUGCUACCUCCCCGCCGCAGCAGCAGCCGACGACGAUGUUCUCUUUCUCGCCGUCGUCUCCGCCGUCUACGGAUCAGCACCACUACCAGCAGCAAAGGUCGUACCCGCCGGCGAAGAGAGGCCGCGGUCGUCACGCUGCCUCCGGUAACUGGCAGCUUCUCGCUUCCUUAGGAGGGGACUUCACUCCUCACGUGGUGACUGUAAAUACCGGAGAGGACGUUGGCGGUAAGAUUCUGUCACUGUCUCAAAAGGGUUACAGGGGCAUUUGUGUUCUCUCAGCCAACGGCACCGUCUCAAAUGUCACCAUUCGUCAACCUGGCUCCUCCGGCGGCAUUUUGACAUACGAGGCAAGCUCUCUAGCUAAUCUAAACGAUUUAAGUAAUGGGAGGUUUGAAAUACUGUCACUGACGGGAUCAUUCACAGUGUCCGAAAAUGGAGGGAAGACCAGAACAGGCGGGCUGAGUGUCUCCUUAGCUAGCUCCGACGGCCGAGUUAUCGGCGGCGGCGUUGCCGGACUUCUCUUGGCCGCCACUCCUAUCCAAAUGGUUGUAGGCACCUUUAUGCCGAAUGGCUACAAGGUCCAGAAGAGAAAGUACACUCACCGCGACCAGCAGCAUUACUCGUUGCCUCAGCCGGCAACUUCCCAGACCGCCCCCCAGCCGACGGCCAUCCCGCAGCAAGCUGCAAAAUGCGAGGCGGCGGCGGAUGCACCACCAACUUCCUUGCCAGGACAGAGCCACCACGUGACGGCGGCGGCAGCGGCAGCGGCAGCGGAUAAUUACAAUGUGAAUGACGGGAGGCAAUUCUGGUUCCAUGGUAACAAUAGUAGCAAUCAUAACAGCAACCAUAGCUACAAUCACGAGCGUCCCGAUUCUGGUUGGAACAAUGGAACGACGAUGGCUAUGAACUCAGGGAUCCACAGACCGUCCCCUGACAUCAACGUUUCAGCUGCUAGCGACGAGGAUGUUCCACCAGGUGUGUUCUGAUCAUUCAGUUAGAUUCCGAGGGGAAAACGCUACUGGGAAAGUUGGGAGGAGGGAAGACUGUGGUUGAUUGUUAAGCUAACUCUGUUCUUGUCUUGGAUUAGUAAUAUGCUUAUUUUUACCGAGAGUUCAUUAGGAAACCUUUAACCUCAUCACAACUUGUUAUUUCCUCUUGUAGUCAAAUGUUGUGGUUGUGGAGUAGUAGCUUUUUGCUUUGCUGCUUUACAUGUUCAGAUGUUCUGUUCUUGACUUGACAGGGAACCAAUACUUCCAUAUGCAGGGGCUUUAUUUGCUGUGAUUUGGAGAGA